AUGAAGGCUUUUAAAAAAGCAACUGAUCCAGAUAUCUUGAAGCAUGUUAAUGCGUUAGAUAACGGGGAAACAAUAACCGUCUCUUUGAAACAUAUAUUUCACCAUGGCACUUCAAAGUUUCCUAAUUUAUUUCGUCGUUUGGACGUAACAGAAGAAAAUCUUCGUACUCAGGAACUCGCCUCCGGCACGUCUUUCACUUAUGAUGUCAUGGGUGUAAAUGGCACCGGUUUUGAAUAUGAAAAAGAAAAUGCCGUAGAAGAGUUUAGGAAUAUAUCAAUGAACGAACUCAAGUCAUCUAAGCUGAAUUGGAGAGAUAUAAAAAAAUGGUUACCUGCUAUAAGGAGUUGGAGUACUUUAAUCAAUCUAGCUAAGAUGACAUAUAAUGCUUACAUCGAGAUGGGUCAAUCUGAUUGGUAUGAUCUUGGUGAAGAAUAUAGAACGAAUGAUACGUUUGGAUGGGACGAAGAUGGUAUCCGAGGUUAUGUCUUUGCUUCAUCAGACAAUAAGACAUUAAUCAUUUCUAUUAAAGGAACCAGUAUGGGAUUUGGUGCUGGUCCAACUGUUCCCAGAGACAAAGUUAAUGAUAACCUUUUGUUUUCUUGUUGUUGUGCUAAAGUAGAUCGUACAUGGACUCCAGUUUGUCAUUCACUCGGAGGAGCACUUUCUUCUUUAAUGGGACUAACAUAUAAUUUACCUGUGGUAGCAUUUGAAUCACCUGGAGAAAGGAGGGCAGCAGGUUUAUUACAUUUACCUCACCCACCGGCCAUACCAUGGGAUAAAAUGAAUAUUUAUCAUUUUGGUCACACGGCUGAUCCUAUUUAUAUGGGGUCAUGUAAUGGUUAUGCAAGUACAUGCUAUAUUGGUGGAUACGCUAUGGAAACAAAGUGUCAUGCUGGAAUUGCAUGUACUUUUGAUACAGUAGAGAAAUUAAAGUGGAGUGUUAAUAUUAAGAGACAUCGUAUUCAGGAAAUUAUUGAUAAUAUUUUGAAAGUUUGGUGGAAACUUUUCGAAUUAUUUCCUGAUUGUAGAAAUGAUGACGAAUGUGAAGAUUGUCAUCUUUGGGAUUAUGUUGAAUAA